AUGUCUUCGUAUCAAUUUAACACCUUGCAAGUGGAACAAACAGGCGAUAAUGUAUAUCAUGUGCAACUUAAUAGACCAGACAAGCGUAAUUCUAUAGAUGACGAUAUGUGGAAAGAAAUCCCACAGUGCUUUGAUAGUCUGGGUACUGAUUCGUCAUGCCGUGUUAUUAUUUUAUCUGGAGCUGGUAAGAUGUUCUGUUCAGGUAUCGAUCUCUCUGUUUUGGCAAUGCUACAAGAUCCCAAUCAGGAGGUUGCUAGGAGAGCCAUUGCAAUGCGUAUUGGUGUGAAAAAAUUUCAGGAUGCCUUUACCUCAAUUGAAAAGUGUCCCAAACCUGUAAUUGCAAGUAUACAUGGGGGAUGCAUUGGAGCCGGUAGUAUCGAUAUGACAAGUGCCUGUGAUAUUAGACUUUGUUCUCAAGAUGCUUUUUUCUCGAUUAAGGAAGUUGACAUGGGAUUAGCUGCUGAUGUUGGUACAUUGCAGCGGUUUCCAAAAAUCGUGGGAAAUGAUAGCUUAGUUAGAGAGUUAGUCUAUACAGCAAGAAAUUUUUCUGCUACUGAAGCGAAAGAUAUUGGCUUUGUUAGUUCCGUUCACGCCGACGCCAAAACUCUUACUGACGCGUCAAUAAAAUUGGCUACCAAUAUUGCCAGCAAAAGCCCUGUUGCAAUCACGGGUUCAAAAAUUAAUAUGAAUUAUUCUCGUGACCACUCGGUGGAUGAAGGUUUAAACUAUAUUGCCAACUGGAAUAUGAGCAUGCUGCAAUCUGAAGAUUUAAUGACGUCAGUCCAAGCAGCUAUGACAAAGACUCCGCCAAAAUAUAAAGACCUUUAA